CAAUCCUUUAACCAAUCGUAGCUAAAAUAAAUAGUAAUGGGUUUCCUACACAAGUUGCUUAAGAAGCUGGGACUGGUGAAGACCAAGGUUGGUUUGCUAAUAUUGGGUCUCAGCAACAGCGGGAAAUCAACGGUAGUGGCACGAUUAACAAAGGAACCGGUAGAGGAUGUGGCGCCUACAGUUGGCUUCGCAGUGGAGUCGGUAAAGAUAGAGGGACUUGCGGUGACGAUGUUUGACAUGUCAGGAAACCAACGCUACCACGAGCUCUGGCAGCAUUAUUACAAAGACACUACGGCCAUAAUGUUCGUUCUUGAUUCCGCGGACCGGGCUCGCUUUGCGGAAGCUGAUGCCGUUCUUCAAGAGGUGCUUCACGCGGAAACACUCAAGCGCGUCCCCAUGCUCUUCCUGUGCAACAAGAUGGAUCUGGCGCUGGCCGCCUCGCCGGACGAGGUGGCGCAGGCGCUGCACCUGCCCGCCGCCUCCGCCGCCAGGGCUUUCCAGCUGCAGCCCUGCAGCGCGCUGGAGGGCAAGGGCAUAAAGGAGGGCACGCAGUGGCUGCUGGAUCACGUCUAGCGCCUCAGGCCUUCGCCCGCUCGGGCCUCUUCUGAACCGUCGUCCACAUUCUUCACUUCCAUCCGUCGCCAGCUGGCCACACUGAGGGCUGAGAGACCCACGGGUCGCUGCCGGUUACUCUUCCUGAAGGUUCAGGCACCCUUACGUGUGGAGGCAGUACUUGCCCCUCAAGGCUGAGGUACCUACCUUUUUUGGACAGCGCUCCUGCACGAGCCCUGUGUCCCAUGGGUCGGCCGUCCGGAAUACCCAGCUCCAUGGCCUGCCAGCGAUGGUGCCCAAGCCUGGCUUCCCAGCCACCGCGCUACCAACCACCCGCAAGUACGGUAUGCUGCAUCCGUCAACCAUCCAGGUCAAGGCUGCAACGCAUUGUUACGUGCAAGGUCGCUGCCCCAGACCUCCAUGCAAGUCGUGCCGUGCCUGCACUGGUGGCUGCAGGGAUGGCAGCAACGCAGCAGUGCCGGACCUGGGCCCUUGCUUCAGCAGCCUAUCAGCCACGAUGGCUGGGGUUGCAGCUCACAGGCCGACCUGCCGCCUCAUGGGGCGCACAGGCGUCCACUCGCUGGCAUACAGCGUCCCACGCUCCGGCAGCUGCGAUAGCAGCCCCGUGCCUUGACGGCAUGCGAGUAACGAGGGCCAACCUGACAAAUUGCAUGAUGCUUUAUGUCGUUAGGCCUGCGUUAGGCUUAAAUUCUCAGAACUUCUGACGGAGUUUGGCUCCAUUACAAACUACCAAAAAGGGACAUGCUGCCUUCAAGCGCACGGGAGAUCUUACGGUCUUACCUAACUACGGACAUGACGCAGUUUGGAGACGAGGAGUGUGUUUUGAAGCUUAGCGGGAGCCCAGCUUCCAUGUUGUGUACCCUAUUCGGCUGCUGUGAAUGUUUCCUGGUACGGUGAUCACGCUUCCUUGUGUGAAUUUUGAUUUGGCUGGUUUUCUUUUUUGAAGUGUUCCACUUGUCAAAAUGGCCGGGAAGUCGCAUGCAGCUAGCAACAUCCUCUCCGUGGCGAGCAAA